GUCGGCGUCAAACGCGCUAAAUCAGGAGACAAAGGACAUUGCUUUACAGUAAAUUUGAUUUAUUUUGCAUCUUACUUGAAAUCGCUGGAUAAAUUAUAUAAGGACCUUAAGAAAGAAAUAAAAGAAAGAUUCUUGUUAUUUUGUGCUUUUUAAGCAGGAAGGCUACACCAGUGAUUCACGAUUAAGGUGAGUCAUCUGAUCAAAUGUUGAUAUAAAACGAUUAUAUUCUCGAUUAUAUUUAGGCGUCGAAAUAUUAAAAGUCAAGUUUUACUUGUUUGUUUAUAAUUAUAUUAUACUAACAUAUUAAAAUACUGUCAUUUUCUGUUGAUAUUUCUGCUUGCUACCAAAGUGUAUGUGUAUUUUAUAGCUUAAAAGGCACGAUACAUGAGUUAAAUCCCCCACUUCCCCCACCCUGGGGAAAGGUGGAAGAUUUCAGAUUUGUUUUUGCCAAUCUGAAUGCGCACAAACGCGACCAUACUUGGGAAUGACUUUUCAGUUGAAACUCAGCCACCUACCUGGGGCAGUUCCUGGAUAGCUCCAAAUCCUCUGUGGCUAAAAUUGAGUGACGGACCAGAAAACCUGGAGAAACAACAUUGGGGUGGUCAAACGUGGUUGAAAAUAGUAUGAACUGAGGCGAUUUUGCUAGCUUUUGGUAAUAACUUUAAAUACAUCUUCUGUCAAAGAGUUUUGUCAUUGAUAAGUUUGGCCAGAUAAUCUGUAAAAAUUUCUAAUUUGCUAAAUCUUUACCCUUUGGGGUUUUUUAAUAGUUUUUCUAUAAUAUACCAAUCAAUUCAAAACUUCAACAUGCCCCUCCCCCCGGGCCAACCCUGGGAAACAGAGACGGAUUUUCAUAUUUUCGUUCGGGGGGUGGAUAAAUAUCUGGGGGCACGGUGGGCAAAAAAUUUGGCCACUUACAAAUAACUUUCUGUCAUUAGUUUGGAAUAUCACGAAACUUCCUCACAGGAUAGAACUUGACAUUCCUAAAAAUCGUAUGUUUUUUGUUUUUCGAUAUUGUUACAUUUUGGCGGGAAAAUGACGUGCCAACUUUGGCGCCAAAAUACUAAACUUGAGCUAAGAACAUGCUAGGAACUUUUUUGAAGAGAUUGUGCUAUAAGGAUCUCAAAACUGUAAAAACAUUGAAAAUACGCCUAAGCAGUGCAAAGAUAUGGUGCUUAAGAAGAAUCUGCCAUUUUGUUACUAAAAAUAGAUUUUUUUGGAACUUUGAAUCGCCAUAUCUUCGCACUGCCUUGUUGUAUUUUCAAUAUUUUUACAGUUUUGAGAUCCUUGUAGGACAAUCUCUUCAAAAAAGUUCCUAGCAUGUUCUUAACUUGUGUUUAAUUUUUUGACGCCAAAGUUGGCACGUCAUUUUCCCGCCAAAAUGUAACAAUAUCGAAAAGUCCUGUGAGGAAGUGCCCACCGUGGAGUGUGCUGCUGCUUGCUUUGGCCGGGGCCUGGUGGCAACGCCCGGAAAGGCCAAGGAAAAAGUUUAACAAAAUUUGUUUUCUAGGCCUGCAUGGCGAGAUCUGAGACCAUAAAGGCGGAUUUCCAGUUCUCGCACGAAGCUCCUCGCUGCGAGUGAUGCAUGAGUACUUUCAUCCAAUCACAAUGCUAAACCAUUAAUUUUAAUUAGAUGCAAGCAAUCGCAGCGAGCUGCAAAGAGCUUUUUGCGAGGACUGGAAAACCGCCUUAAUAUUGGUAAUUUUACAAAUUUAGUAGUAAGAAUAAUCAAAUAUGAAACUAUCAAAUCAAAAUAUAUAUAUAAUUUGCGGGGGUGCAAAAACUUUUGGGGGAUGUGCCAAAUGCCUCUGGGAGGGGGGAAGGGGGGGGUGCAAAUCAUUUCUGGGAGGUGUGCACCCCCCCACCCCAGAAAAUCUGUGCCUGCUGGGAAUUUGAACUUUUUGAAAUUUGACUGAUCAAAUUCUCCACCCCCUACAGUGCAAAAAUGUCUUCAAAUGCCAGACUGUAACAAGAUACAGUAGGGUGAUGCGGUUAUUCGGUUAACCGAGAUGAAUCGGUUAUUUUUACAGAUCGGUUUCAGAAGUCUUCUAAAUAUCAGAUAACCGACUUACCUGAAAAACCGAUUCAAAAUAUAAAAUUCAAAAUAAAAAGACAAACAAGCAUGCUACAUGUGAUCAACAUAAAACUAUAAGCAAGGUACGUUAUACUCUUUGGUGAUUACGCGAUUUAAAUCGAUGCUAGAAGCCUAGAAAAGCGCUGGCGGAUUAGUAGCGGAUUAAAACAAGCUUAAAGCUUCCGGUUUGAUUAGCUAAGAGAAAGGCGGACAUCUGCGAAGACGUCACAUGGAUAACACACAAGACAUGUUGUUUAUUUUGUCAAAAUAAUUUCAUUGAUUAAAAGAGCCUGUUAUCUCGGUUAUUUUGUGACGAUUCUUGGUUUCGGUUAUUUUACGAAACCGCAUCACCCUAUAACAAGAAAUUAAGAGUUCAAAUGCUCCACCUUCAUAUGAAAUAUAGAGUAUUCUACAUCCAUUAUCAAAACUGCAAGACCUUGGGCAUAAAUCCCAUCAAAUCUCCUGCUAUUCCUCCUGUUACCUCCACCUUUCCCAUGGGUGGAGGGAGUGAGGGUUAACAUAAAAGGCAGUAAAGUAUCUGUUCUGCAAUAAAUGAUGAACCUGGCUCCCAAUACACCCUUCCGAAAAGUACUUAACCGUGGCUAAAGAGCCUUGUUUCCAAACUGCCAAAAUCAAAAAUUGUUGAUUGGUUAUUCACAGAAAAUGUUUCAAUGUUGCAUUCCUAGGAAGUAAAAUAUUCUUUCCUUGGUUUAGCUUGCCCUCUUAAUAGAUCCUUGAUAGUCCAAUGGUUUAAGUGUAUACAGUCCAAUGGUUUAAUUAUUAAAGUGUAUAGUUGCUCACAAACAGGAUUGAAUUAACAAAUAUUUGUAGGACAGGGUUCAUAUGGGUUUUGGAAAGUUUUGGAAAUUGAUUGAGGUGUUUUGCAGGGCCUGGAAAGUUUUAGAAAAUCUAUUGUCACUGUUGGAAAAUCUAUAAAUUAAAGGGUUUUAUUAUGAUGUAGAUUUUUAUAUUUCUAUGGUUUUUAUUUGCAUUUUAUGUUGAGCACUUGUGCUCAUUGUAAUAUUUUCUGUUACUUAGUAUUAGUUUUGGAAAUUUUAUUGUAUAGUAAGUACUUAUAUGGAAAGUUUUAAAAAGUUUGGAAAUUCAAUGGACGAAGCUGUACAUAUGAACCCUGGUGAGAUAAGGGCAGUCAUGGCUGUUAGGGUUGGGUUGGGUGUAACCUGAGUAUCAGGCUCUAUUUUACAAAUAAUAGCCUGACACAAACCUUAAUCCGAUCGCUUUCCACCCACAGCAAAGUUUAUUUAUUUAUUAACUUUACAAUCAUACAAAAUUAUUACAAUGAUUGAAGGUAUGGUCAACAGGACAUGAGUCCCAUGUGAAGACCAACCUGAUACAAAACAAUAAGUAGACAUACAUGUACAGUACAUUAAAGACAAUGACUAGAACACUAUUUACAUAUAAUUGUUUUUGUUUGUGGAAACACCACGUAUGUACGUGUUUCCACAAACAAAAACAAUUAUAUUUUAUCGCCAUGCAAACAUUCAAAGAACUUACUAUUUACAUAACUAUAUAAAAAUUAAUAGUUUAGAUUAUGAGCAACAGCUUAAGUUGAAAGAACGGCAUUUAGAGCAGUAGGUUUUCCAAGUGCUCAUUCUGUUAACAUUAUUUUAGUAUCCAAUCAAAAUGUCGCAGGAGAAAUUUAAAUUUCACACAAUGACAACGACAAUCUAAUUAUAGUUGUGAUCACUACUGUAUAAAAUAUAUCAACAACAAUAGUAUAAUCUAAUUAGCACCAACCAAUCAAAUGACAGAUUAAAAAAUCUUUUGUCUCAUAGACCAAUCAGAUUUACAACCGAAAUACGGUUGUACGGCAUGGACUUUUGUUAAAGCCACGUUUACACGAGCAAAUUUUAUUUGACAAAUUUCAUAUGUCAAAGAUAUUUUGCUCGUGUGGAUGAUGCAUUUGUGACAAAUUUAUUGUGACAAAUGCAUUUGAACAAAAGCUAGCAUGCUAGCUUUUGAUCAAAUGCAUUUGUCACAUGAAAUUUGUCAAAUAAAAUUUGCUCGUGUAAACGGGGCUUAAGGUUUGUAUCAGGCCUAUUUAUUUAUUUAUAGGCCUGAUCACAGGUUGGGUUGGGUGGGGACAAGGUUCAGGUUUUAUUGGCUAAAACAACCUGAUUGUUUGAAUAAACCAAUAUAAUUAAUACGGUGCACUGUCAGACAAAUAUGCGCACUGUUUUUGUCAUUACAAGCAAGAUGCUGUAUGCAGCAUUUACCUGAUGGGGUUAUUAAAAAACAGAGACAAUGUCAUAUUCUAUUAUAAAAUCCAUAAAUCCUGUCUGUGAAUAGAAUUCAGGGCUCAUUAACCCGUUGAGUGGCAGCACUCUCACCUUAUCAAGUAAAAUUGUCUGAUGUCGGACAGACUAAAUAAUAAAGUAGGGUGUAUUGCCACUUAAAGGUUUAAAUAAAAGGGUUAUUUAGUGCCUAUGAGCAAAGUUCAUAAUUUAGAAUGUACCUGCAAAAUUGCAUCGUAUUUUUAGGUAACUUUAUGGAUCGAAACUAAAUAUUAAAAUGUCUGGAUUUUAAUGAGAUCUCAAAAUGUGCCGGAACAAAUUCAACAAGUAUGAACAGUGUAAUCUAUGAAUAAAUUCCGCCCAUUAUCAUGCCUUCUUCCUUUAGGUCUGACCAGGGCAUUUUUUUUUACUUUUGGUAAAAAAAGUAAGUUGCCCAGAAACCCAAAGAGAGUAUUCAGUAUUGCCUAUUGGCCUUUUGUUUGAAAUGAAAUUUAACAGAUUCAGCCAUUAAUUAUGAUGUACAUAUGACAAUAAAAAUGUGCUACCAUAAAGCUUUCUAACAGGGGUGGAUCCAGCCAGAUCUGGUGGGAGUGGGUUCCUAUAGUUACAGUAGAUUAUUAGUAUGAUGAAUUGAUAUUUCCCCCAGUGUCAAGCGAAAUUUCUGACCUCUGCGAAAUACCUGACCAACCGUGACGGCUUGUGAAUUUCGCGCGCGUGGGCACGAAAUACAUGACGCUUGCUAAAUACAUGACUAUAGGUCGAAAACUUCUUUUUAGGAUUUAUAUGAUAUUUUAUCUUUGUAAUAAUGUAUCGCAUCUACCUCUGAAACUGGAUUUAGUUUAAUAUCUAUGAGAUCUGUCAUGAAAUUAAGAACGACGGUGAUUUCCAUCAACACAAUAAUAUGUCUUAAUGAUUUGUAAUACUAAAAGCUGUCAUUCGUGAACCGGUGCUAUCUAAUAUUUUCGGCAUUUUACUUCAGACCGUUUAAGCGAAAAAGUAUACUAUACAUGAUUGAUAAUGAUUGUGACCACUAGCACUGGCCAGAUUGUGCCUUUUAUUAGCUGCUACAGAGCUGGGUAUAGGAUCAUACCUAAACUAUUUAACGCUAUCUUAAAAAGAAAGAUUGAACAAAAGUUUCUUGCAUUAUAUAUAGUCGCAGCAUUUCUUGCAGCAUUUAAAAUCUUAAGUACUGCAUUAAACACUCAAAAACCUGUCGGCUUCAUAAGGAAAUUGUUUUGUAUGUUUUACAUGCCCGUGGAAAACCCCUGGAAAAAGGAUGAAAAAAGUCAUGGAUUUUUUAAAUUAUGAAGGUGUACGAAGCCUGAAUUAAACUUCGGAAAGAAAACAAACGUCUUGGAACGCUAGCGAUGUAAGCCUUCUUUCAGUGACAGACACUUCACAAAAUAUGUUGUUGGUGCUCAUUUACAGUAGGUUGCCAAUGUAGUACCGCUCUUUCGAUACUACAAAUGCCAGUUCUUAUUUCAGGGCCGUAGGAAGCUUCUUUUCAUUGGGGGGGGGGAGCUGAAAGCGAGGGCCGAAGCCCCGAGGAAAUUUUUAAAUUUAGAGUCUCUGAAACGCCAUUCCCUGGACUUUGGGGAAGAUUUGACAGAAUUUUGAUGGUCAGAAAACAGCGUUUUAGUAUGUCGAAAUUUAUAAUUUGGUAGUACAAAAUGGGCUGCUGCAGCCCCCCAGGCCCCCCCCCCCGGUUGCUACGGCCCUGUAUUUCUUAAAAUGUAUUUGAAUGUAAUAAUAAAAAUGUGCUCAAAUAGAAAUCAUUUAUACAGCUUUGUUACGAAUUUAUGUUAGAAAUAAUUUAAAGGCUUUUAGAAAUUAUUGGGGGGGGGGGGAUAGGUGGUUCAGUGCUUUAGUUUCUGCAACUAAUAUCUUUUCAAACUUGCAUUGAAGGUCUUUAUUAGCCUGAGUAUCAGGCUCUAUUUUAUAUAUUUUACAAAGAGAGCCUGACACAAACCUUAACCAGCCGCUCUUGUAAUAAUAGUAUAAUCAAAUUAGCACUAACCGAUCGAAAGACAGAUUAAAUUUUUGAUGGACCAAUCAGGUGAAAAGCCGAAUUUUCGCUUUUUUACAUGCACCCAGACAGGUAUUUGUGUCAGGCCCUCUUUUCCCUUCCAUCCACCCACAUUUAAUUAAGAAAGGGAAAACAGGGCCUGAUACUCCGAGGUCUUUAUACGUAGUUUGUUUAUUAUUUUAUCUGACAGCAUGGAAUGUGAGUUCUGUAACAAGAUCUUAUCACAUACUAGUUCUUUGGUAACACAUAAAAGAACACAUACUGGAGAGAAACCUUAUGAAUGUGAUGUUUGCAAAAAGAGAUUUUCUCGACGUGACAUCUUGGUACACCAUAAAAGAACGCACACUGGUGAAAGACCUUAUGAAUGUGAUGUUUGCCAGAAAAAAUGUGCCAAGUUAUCAAACUUAGAAGUACAUAAAAGAACACAUACUGGAUACAAACCUUAUGAAUGUGAUGUUUGCAACAAGAGAUUUGUAGCAAUAAACAGUUUGGCAAUACAUAAAAGAGCACAUACUGGGGAGAGACCUUAUGAAUGUGGUGUUUGCAAGAAAACAUUUUCUCAAUCAUCCCACUUAAUGGCACAUAAACAAACGCACACAGGAGACAAACCUUAUAAAUGUGAUAUUUGCGAUAAGAAAUUUAUGAGAUCAAGUUACAUAGCAGUACAUAAACGACAACAUACCGGAGAAAAGCCUUACACUUGUAAUGUUUGCAACAAAAGAUUUUCAGUGUCAAGCAGUUUAACAGGACAUAAGAGAACACAUACCGAAGAAAAACCGUACGAAUGUGAUAUUUGCAAGAAAACAUUUUCGGCAUCAAGGUACUUAACAGUUCAUAAAAAAACACAUACUGAAGAAUUACCUCAUGAAUGUGUUGUUUGUGGCAUAAAAAUUGAGAUAUCCGACCUCUAAGCAAUUCAUGACAGAACACACUUUCUAAUAAUCAUCACCUAAUAUCUCAUUUAAGAGGACAUGGCCUGUUAGUGUGCGGACUUGCAAGAACAUGAGAGAUAUACUAGGAAACAUUAUGAUUGAUAUGAACGUCAAAAUACCAUUUACUGAUCUUUGAGGUUUAAAAUACAAGGAAAAAGACCGUUGUACCUCUUACCAACGCGUGAUGUCAACAUUCGGAGUCAGGAGAACCAACAAGUAUUCAAUUGUUGCAGUACAGUAGGUGCCGUUUUUUUAAUUAAAGCCAGCAUUCAAGUUCUCUAACUUAAGGUAGAUGUCGGAGAAAAUUUAAAUUAAUUUCAUGAUGAAAAUUAGCUACAUUAUCACCUUAAUAUAGUGGUACGAACAACGUAAGUUGCAUUGCUUACAACAAGAAAAUAUAUUCACGAGACGAAGGGAGGGUAACUGUAUAUUCAAUGUUAAAUGAAUAAUUUCGUAAGCAAACUUGUUGCAAUAGAAGAGGUAUGCACAGUAACUAGUUUGCUUAUGAAUUAGCUUUACAAGGACAUUUGAUCUCAACUUUGAAAUUUGAUUAGGCUGGAAAGCUGUUUAAUUAUAAUCAUUAGUGUGUAGUGUAUAUGCAAUACUGACUCGUCCCCAGUCGCUCACUCCGUGUUGAAUUAUUCCCAUGGUCAUUUGCAUCCUGCACUAUUGUUUUGUUAGAGCAAUCCCAUGGAUCAUUGCGCAUUUUUUCAGAUUGAGCGGUUUGAGGGUCUGUGAAAGAGCCCGUAUUCAAUACAGCACAAAUGCAAAUGUGAUAAACAGCUUUUGAAUCAUAUGCAAACUCGUUUAAACAGAGGAGUUACAGUAUAACCAGUUUGCAUACGAGUGCCUCGAGGGGUAAUUGGGGUUUACCAAUGGUAUUCAGUAUGUGACUCAAUCAUUGUAAAUUGAUUGGAGUGAUUAAUUACUCAUUAAUUGCACAAUAUAUUAGUAGUUGUAUAUGUUGUAUCUACAAAAUAUAAUGUAUUAUUGAGGUUAUUAUUGCUGGUUGAUAGCGUGGGUUUCAAAUAUAGUUAAUUUAAUUAGAAUUUCGGAUAACGACGAGAAAAUUCCAUGUAAUUACCGUAAUAAAUUCCGUGUAUGUUCGCAUGAUGAAAAUGUAAAUAUAAUCGUUUUGUUCGUGGAAAAUAUCACGUCUAGUUAUUUGAUAAAGCUUUCGAUCCAUAAGUCUGUAAAUAAUAUAAGACUUUAAUCUUGAACGGUCUGUGCCAGUGUAGGUAGUGGCGAUAAUAAGAAAGUUUCGGAUUGAUAGGGAUGCAAAAAUACAAGGAGAACUUCGACGUUUCUGGCUAAGGCCCUUCGUCGGAAUGUUAGUAUUUGGGGUCGGGAAAAUUACAUGAGCUUUUAUACAAAAGAAUAUAAAAGUGAUUACGUGAAAUAAUACAAAAAAUAAACCAAUCAGAUGGAUUUAGGACCUGUUCAUAUGGAGGCGAGUUACCCAGCAAGGCGAGUUACUCGCCCAGGCGGGACAAACAAGCGCUCUGUUUAUAUGGAAUCGAGUUACACAUGUAAAAACGUACAAGUUGUUACAGGUCUGCUAAGAAGUUGUUACAAAUCUGUUCACAAGCUGUCGAUAAGUUGUCUUCGCACUGCUUGUCCCACUUGUUCUAAUAAGCUUGUGUCGUCAACCUUGUAACAUUAGGGAGCUUAAGCAUGUAGGACGGCAACACGACGAUGACGGCAACCAAUACAAUGAGUCAAUAAAAAUAAAUAAAUAAUUAAAGUUCGCUCUGUUUACAACGUCAAAUCACAGAUUUUCACGUCUUUUAUACAACGCCUGCAUUUCAAGCCGUAACAACGUGCACCUUAAAAUUCGGUUCAGUAGAACUCUUCCCAAACGUAAAGCCAUUUUUUUCAACUUCUUAUACUGUAUUAGAUUCAUAGGAAUUAUAAUAUACGACAAGUUUUCUUUACUAUCAUUUAUUUGAAGGAAUUUGUUUUGGCCGUCGUCGUCGUCGUCGUGUUGCCGUCCUACAUGCUUAAGCUCCCUAAACUUGUUUAUCAUGACUCUAUCAGACUUGUUAGAACAACCUUAUGACAAGUCUGAUCAAGCUUGUUACAAGUUGUUAACAGCUUCUUCCAAACUUGUUACAACAACUGAGAACAAGCAGUGCGAAGACAACUUGUUGAUAGCUUGUGAACAGAUUUGUAACACUUUGUUUGCAGACUUGUAACAACUUGUGCGUUUUUACGUGUGUAGGCGAGAUCCAGCCUCUUUCUGCCGGGAACUCGCCAAGGCGAAUUACUCGGCUGCAUCAUGUAAACAGUCACCCAGGAUUACUACUAGUUUCUAUAAUAGCCGUGGGAUCUCGCCGAUGCCGGAGUAACUCGCCCUGUAAACAAUAAAUGUAAAUCGCAUUUCAGAAUAUAUUAAUACAAACUACAACAAAUGCAAAAACCACAAACCACCUGCAUUUCGGCAGUCAACGAUGUCAAACACUACGUGCAACUCCUCCCAUCUCAUAUACUGCAUCUCAUGCAGUAGGUGUGGCAUGCUUUAUACUGGGGAAACUGGAAGAUCUUUGAGGACAAGGUUUGGUGAGCAUCGGCGUGCAGUCAUUGGCAACGAUGCUAACCAGCCUGUUUCCAGACAUUUUAAUAGUGGCGAUCACAGUGUUUCAGAUAUGAAAAUUCGAGUCUUCUGUCCCAUUUCUGGAAGCGACGAUAGCUGCAAAAGACGAUGAUAUGCGCCUCAUUUCCAAACUUGGCACUGUCCACCCCCAUGUCAUUAACGAACGUUUUCCUAUGUUUAACUCUAUUUGUCUUUGCCUGUCAACGCAGACAUUAACAGUACUUUCAAUUAUCACCUUGUAACUUAUUCCUUACUUGUUUCAUAUAUAUUUUUUGUAUUUGUUGUAUACUUCUGUAUAUAUAUAUACGUGAUCGCUUUAAUAUUCACUAGUAUAAAAGCUCAUGUAAUUUUCCCGACCCUCCCGACGAAGGGCCUUCGCUGGAAACGUCGAAGUUCUCCUUGUAUUUUUCAGGUAGGUGCAUCCCGAUCAAUCCAAUGACUUACAUUAAUUUAGUACAUUAUUUUUUUUACAUUACCUUGACUACAUACAUGCAUACGAACGAACAGACCACGAGACUUUAGUAUUAUAUUACUUGCACUGAUCAGGAUUCGGGCAUAAACGGGUCUUGAUGCCACUUUUUACCAUGAUCAUUGCGACUUGCAUAAAAUAUAACCUCUUGCAAUGCAAUCCCAGGAAUAUUUUUUCAAACAUUGCAAGACACGUUACAUGAAAAAUUAAACCGUUGUGCUUCCACAAAACAAAACGAUUAUAUUAUUUGUACAAAGUAGGUGGAGGUUUAUUAUUUUUCUGUCAAUAAAAAACUAUUAAUAAUAGCGUGUUUUGUUCUUGUUUAUUUGGAUAAAUUUACUAAAUUCUUGGUACUUUAUAAACGUUAAUACUUUAAUUUGUGUUGCCAUGGUGCAGUACCACAUAUUUUGUCAGCAGAGAUCCCUUUAUUAAUUAAUUGCAAUAAUUUCUAUUGUUCUUUUUCUUCAUUAUGUUUCCUUGAUGAUGUAGAUAUGAAAUAAUUUUGCGAAGUGCACAGUGCUGUCAGUGCAUGGAAAUGACAUACCUGCUUUAUGUUUUGGAGGAGAUAAAAUUUUAUUUUACAAGUUUUGCCACAUUAAAAUUGAUAGACAUAUAAAUACAGUUCAUGACAUAAAUUAAACUCUAAUUAUACCAGAUGACUCUAAUUACCACAGUCCACACAGAGAAAAAUUCUCCAAUAACGAUUCCAAAACACUCAAAUUGUAAAAUUAAACUUCGAAAAGUAACACAAACGUUAAUUAACUUAAAAACAAUUUGCAAACAGACAAAUAAACAAUCAAAAUGUGAUGCAACUAUUAUGCACGCGAACUAAAAACAGAAAACGUCAAUAAAAGUCGUUUUUUAAUCCGUAUUUAAUAUUAUAUAAAGAAAAAUACUGAAUCAAAAUAAAUAGAGAUUACUUCAUGGUUGAUGAGCGCGUACGAUUUUUAUGCACGAGUUGCGAAAAAUUCCUAUAAACGAACGAGUGAGCGCAGCGAACGAGUGAGUUUAUAGGAAUUUUUCGCAACGAGUGCAUAAUAAAGAUCGUACAAGCGAAUCAACCAUGAAGUAAUUUGUUUAUUAUAUGAGUUAUUAUAUAUUAGAGUGAAAUUUAAGUGCUGAACGAUAGACACAAUUCAAACCAAACGUUUCAAACAUAUAUAAUAUGCAUAAAAAAGUACAACAAUAGCUACAACAACUGAAUUAUUUCGCUUUAAAAUCGUAAUUAUUCAAUGAAAUUGUCAUUGCAAUGUUACAAAGUUCAAAAACUUGAUAAACAAUUACUGUAUUUUGAGUAAAAUUUAAACGUAAACAAUAUAUGAAUUACCGUCACGUUACCGUGUUCGAACGGACAUCUAAAAAAACUGAUCGUUGUUUUCUUGUACGCCAGUGGCGCGGCGGGAAAAGUAAAUACGAAAUUUUUCACUAGUGACAAAUUCCGUACGUCCAAUGAGAAGGCUAAUACGACGUUCUUCACUAGUGGCGAAUGUCGUAUGUCCAAUGAGAUCCUCAGACAUUUUAGGCAUAUGGUUUUUAUUCGACAACUUUAUCGCGUAUAAAAUUCAAUACUCAUAAUAAAGCUAGGUAUACAAACAAAAAAAUAAAGCAUCAGUCAUCACAACAGAAAAUGCCUUUGAUUGUUUAAAAUAGUAUAAUUAGCUGUGUAUCAAACCCGAUUGCGCUAGACUAUAUCAUAAUUUUGUGCUUAAGUUGUACAAUAAAUUGUCACUUAUAUCUCGAGAAUAAUUUUAAACUCAAUUAUAUGUAUAGGCUAUACAAAUCUAAUAUCUUCAUAAUGAAACAAGCAUCUGAAGGCUUAUCUGAUGUAAACAGUUUGAAUUAAAAAAAAAACCCAGUUCGGAUUGACAUGUUAAACCUGCAUGUAUAGAUUUUUAGCUGGUCGCCUAAUUUUGAAAUGCUUCUCUAAUGCUUCUCUCUUGUUCGUUCAUUACCUUCGACUAAAGUAGUACGAGGUCUUGAAGUAAUAUUUGAAUGUUUCGAAGUAUAAUAUUUCCCAAUAGUGGCCUUCCUUAUAAAAAGAACCAAAUACACCCUUUUCAUAAAUGGCUGCCGAUUAAAAAUUCUUUUAUGUGCAUAUAAAUUGGCCCAACUAGCCUCGUUUCUGGGUAGAAAUUCCUUAUAAAUCUUAACAUGAGUACGACGCUAGUUGGGCCAAUUUAUAUGCACAUAAAAGAAUUUUUAAUCGGCAGCCAUUUAUGAAAAGGGUGUAUGAAUGUAUAAAUUCUAUUUGCAGCCAUAUUUUGGUUUUUUCUUUGUAGAAAUAAUCGACCACGUAAUGGCGAAUAGACCUGACAUACCUGUACCAGGGACAGGGUAAUGUAUAUGCAGAUUAUAAAAUUUGUAAUUAAUCAGAAAAUGUAGACAAUUUUCAAAUGGCUUUUUGGUUUCAAAUGACCUUGAAAAACUAAAUUUUCAAAAUUCUUCAACUUUUGUGUAAAUGUGUAAAUAUGAGUAAAUAAGGGUAAAUAAAUGUUUUUUGAUUUCUUUAAUGCUAAAACCUUUCUUAUAACAUUAAACGCCGAAGUGUAAAAGGGCUACCACAUCAAAACCGCAUAAAACGUCCUCGAAAGUUGAGAAAAAUUCUUUGAAGUCGGGCCAUUUGAAAAUUAACAUGACAGCUGCAUGCAGAUUGAGAGAGAUACAACUACCUGAAUAUCUGGUUAUCGUAACGACCUACACUGGAAUGCACAAACAGUUUUUUUAUACUCCUUGUACAUAAUGCAUGAAAAUGCUUUGAAAUAAACCCAGCCCACCUAAACUGAACGCUUGCUUUGCGUGCAACAGUAUUGGGCGUUACUUAUACCAGUGUAGGGCGUGUUCUUUGAGAUUGUCUAUGCACUUGCAUGGACGUAUUUAGGUUUUUGUUUAUAUAAAAAAGCACAUAUUAGAGUGAUAUGUACAAAUUGAACUUUCAUGCAUGGUUAUAUACAAUACCCUAUCAUAACCAUGCCAUAUACUGUAUAACAAUAAUUUUUUAUUUGAAGACGGUUACAAUAUACCUAGUAAGUCAAAAGACGUAUCUUGCCCAGGGCUCUAUCAUGUACAGAAUCAGAUAAAUACAUGCAAGAUAAAAGAAGGGUAUACCAAGAAAUAUUAUACCUCAAAUUCAAAUUCUCCAAUCAGGAAACUUAGUUUGUGCCACGUGAGCAUGAAAUUAAUUGCGAUAUCACGCUUUACGUCAUCAAAUAUGGAGCCUGCGUUCCUUUUGAAAAUGUUCCACCCCAUGUUCCCCGGGGAACAUGGGGUGGAACAUUAUUCGCGUAGACCACGCGAGACAACACGCAUGACAACAACAUGGCCGACAAAAUAUAAAUAGUAUUGAUGAGUGAUGAAUAAUCAAAAUUUAAACGUAAAGCCUGGGGGCUUUUUCAAAAUUUUGAAGCAAAUUUUGAAAAAUGUUGUCAUUAAUUUUCCAAACGAUAUGUGAUUCGAAAGAAAAGCGACGAUGCUUGCGUUAAUCCGAAAAUAAAACAUCGUAUUCACGAAGGUAUGUGUCAAGUUUUUAAUUCUCAACUUGGAGGCUUUUAAUUUUCGGUAUAAUAUAUCAUUUAUAGACCCUCCGCUCGGGGGAUUCGGCGAAAUAUUACCCUCAGUGAUGAUAUUUCGCCGAAUCCCCCGAGCGGAGGGUCUAUAAAUGAUAAAUGUUUAUCCUAAUUUACACCUUUAUACGUUAUAAUGUUGUAAACCAGUAAUAUGAAACAUUCUGACCAAAUGCUAUAUACAUGUAAGAUAUUGGAAUUAGCACUGGCCAAUAAAAGACUAAGUGUAUUUAAUUAAGUUAUACGUUUUUCAAUUGUUGUGUAUGUUUUAGACGGCGUAAAUACACCAAAGAUGAAGAUAAGAAGAUAUGGCAACACGUCAAAGAACGAUCACGUACAUGUGAUGUGUAUACUGGUGGAAACGCUUUUUGGAUACAGAUGCAAAUAGAACAGGUGAAUGAAAUUGUUGAAUUAUUGAAACUAUACAAACUUCGGAACAUGUCAAGCAGUCUUUGCUUACCGAUACUUUUACUAAUAUUGUUGUUGAAUUGAUUUUACUAUAAUCCCUAUAUACAGUACUGCACGAAUAAUUGCGCAAAAAUAUUUACAUGCAUGCGCGCGCUCAUAUACGUGCGUUUUUAGGCUUGUGUAAAUAUCUGUCUAAUAUUAGACGUCAUGCUGCAACUUGUUUAAGGUGGCUCCCUAGGGUUUUUGCAUUAUACUACACUAUAGUAUCCAGUAUAGCCACAAUAGUUUCCUGAAUAUGGGGACCCUGAUGUGCUGGCUAAUGAUAUUGGGGAAUUUUUUGUCCAGAAGAUUGAGCGCAUCCAUGCUGAGUUUGAUUCUUCUGCCCUUGAAACAAGCCAUUCGUCUAGAUCUGUCCCAGAAUUUACUGAACUGAUGUCCCGUUUUGAUUCCUUUGACAUCUUAAAUGAAGAAAAUGUCAAAGAUUUGAUAUCUAAAUCAAGUAAAAAAUCUUGCACUCUGGACCCAAUGUCCACUUCAUUGGUUUUAAAAUGUCAAGAUAUUCUCCUUCCUGUGAUUACCAGGAUGAUUAAUCUAUCAUUACAAUCUGGUGUGUUUUGUGAUGAAUGGAACCAAGCAUUAGUUCAGCCACAGCUUAAAAAAUCAAAAACAGAAACGGUAUUUGAGAAUCUUCGCCCUAUCAGUAAUCUGACAUUUACAUCUAAAUUAACAGAACGUGCUGUUUUUAAUCAGACAAAUGACUACUUGAAUUUAUACCAACUUUAUCCAAAGGCACAAUCGGCUUAUCGCAAGUAUCAUAGUACGGAAACGGCCUUACUACGUGUUAAGCAUGAUAUUUUAAUGAACAUGAACCGUCAGCAUGUUACCUUACUCGUAAUUUUGGAUCUGAGCGCUGCAUUUGACACUGUCGACCAUCAUAUAAUGCUCGAACGACUGAAAUCCAGUUUUGGCAUCCAAGACCAAGUACUUAAAUGGUUUACCUCCUAUCUUUCUAACCGUUCGCAAUUCAUCUCUGUAAAUGCUGGUACAUCUAAGCGUUUUGAACUAAAAAAUGGCGUACCUCAAGGAUCGUGUCUUGGCCCACUUCUGUUUGUUUUAUACGUGUCCAAAUUAUUCAAGAUUUUGGAAAGUCACUUACCCGAUGCCCAUGCUUUCGCCGAUGACAAUCAACUGUACGUUUCAUUUCAACCAGAUUCAAUGUCUGAACAACUGUCUGCGGUUACUGUCAUGGAAAAUUGUAUUGAUGAUAUUAAAACAUAG